UUUCCAAUUUUUAUAAAAGAAGAGAAAAGAAAAAAUAUUUAUACUCAUAAAACGUGCAUAAAACGCCCAAUGAUUCAUAUGUUGACAGCUGACAGCUGUCAAAUUUAACAGUUGUCAAAUAAAUCCCGUUUUCUAUGAAAUAGUUCUUUUAAAUAAAUUUGGGGUAAAAUUUUGACUUUAACUUAAUUUAACAUCAAAAUGGCUGAUCCAAAAUAUGCUGACUUACCAGGAAUCGCUCACGAUGAACCUGAUGUUUAUGAGGCAAAUGAGUUGCCAGAAUCAGAGCAGAUUGCCGACUUUUACGAGGAAGAAAACGAACCUAUUGAAAAAAUCCAUAUUUCAGUCGGCGAUGCUUACAACAAGUUCAAAGGCAAAUUUCUUAAUGCUUCUAACGUUGAUUUCUCUUCAAGAGUAGGUAAGAAAAUUCGCAUUGGAUAUGACGCUACCAGUGGUGAUUGGGAAUUGGUUGGACCAGGAGAUAAAGAAACUUCGGUUCAAAAGUACCAUAGGCUGCAGUGCGAGAUGAAGGAGUUACUAGAGGAGAUUAGUGAAGCACAGAAAAACAAGAACGGGGAGGAAAUGAACUGUUUGGUCUCAACUCAGCAGGUAGAACAUUCCCUUAAAACGUUGGCCGAUUUAAAGUUGGAGGAAGAGUUGGGCGAAGAGAUUAUUUCUAAGAUAUCUGAUCCUCAAGGCGCUCAAAUUAAAAAACUGAUGUCUCAAAUACAACAAUAUAAAGAUGCUAUCAAAGAAAAACCUGAAUCCCAAGUAGAAUCCGAUGAUUCGGGUAUAAUUUAUCAGUUCACUUACAAACCAGAACAUGCCAGUUUGGCCCAAACAACUAGGAUAGCAGAAUUAGAGACCAGACUCCACAAAUUAGAAUCUGUACUUGGAACUUCAUCUGAUAAAUUGUCAAGAUUAACAGCAGCCGUGACAAAAGGAAGUCUGUUGGAGACAGCUGAAUACUUAAGUGCGACGGCUAGUCUCUUGGACUCUUCUCAAUUGGAUCACAUCGAGGGGCGACUUGGUGCUCUUGCGCAGAAACUAGAGGGCAUUACUGAGAAAAAAAAGCAGCUACAACAAGAUGAAGAGAAAGAUAAAAUGAUCUUGGAAUUAUAUGAAUUGGUAAAAAAUAGUGAAAACAUAUCAAAGUUAUUGCCUCAAACAAUAGCAAGGCUUAAGGCUCUGGAGGCACUACAUAAUAGAGCUACGGACUUUGCGAAAACUCUGACACAGAUUGAAGUGGUGCAGUCAGAAAUAGCAGGAAGUGUGGACAACAAUAAAACGCUUCUGCAAGGAGUCCAACAGAGUUUCGCUAUGAAUCUGAAUGAGAUCAACUCGACAGUUCUUAGCCUUGAUUCGAGGAUCAAAGCUUUAAAGAACAAAUAAUUUUUAGCAUUCUCCAAUUUAGGUGCAUUCUUCAUAUUAUUUAUUAAUAGGAAAAUAUUUAACUGUAUUUUUUUUAUAUGCUUAUUCUAAUUAUUAAUAUUA